AUGAUAGAGGGUCAUGGGUGGCGCCUCUCGUCAUGUCCAUUUUCUCCCGUGAAGCGUUCAUUCCAAAGCAAUGUUCAGAACUAUACCGACGAGGAACAUCAAGUAGGAGUGGUGUGCUCAAUGACGUUCAUCUAUAAGACCGGAUACUGUACAAGGAAAACAGGCAAACGAGUCGGAGCCAUCGUCUCGCGAUACGCUCACCUUCCACCACAACAGAUCACCGAAGAUUUUUGCGUCAUCGGAGAGCAUUCGACUACAUGUUUCUGCAGAGAGACCGGUUGUAACACGAACGUUCGAAUAAUCAUUAAUAUUUUCAACUCUAAUCUCAACCGCAGAAAGGAGUGGAUGACUCGUUAUCACAAAUACAACAGAGUAUUUGUCCCACCAAACGAAACAGACGUGGAAGAUCUUGACGAUUGUUUAUUUAACGAGUUUCCCGUCAGGUGGUCC